AUGAAGGAAUCCGUUGAGAUUCUGUCGGACGAUGAAGUACAAGGCGCUAGCAGCAGGCCCUCAGGCCCCACUGAGCGUCCAGUGGCUGCCAGUCCUCCUGUCACUGUGGGCCGCCCGGCCGCUGCCAAGACACCUGCCGCUCCCAAGAAGAAAGUGAAGAAAGAGACUGCAGGUGUGGACGGUGAAGGUCGUCCUGGUGAUGAUGAUGGUGAUAAUACCGUGUCAGCCCCGAAAGUCAACACAAAAGCAGAGAGCAAGUCUGAUGCUCCCGACGAGCCAGCCCUCAAAUCGAAGGCAAAGAGCAAGACCAGCGAUGAUGAUGAUGAUCUUUUGCCAGCCUCCAAAAAAAAAGCAAAGAGCAAGGCGAAGAGCACAGCGAAGCCGAAGGUCAAGGCGAAGGCAAAGAGCACAGGGAAGGCAAAGGGCAAGUCGACCGCCAAGUCUAGCACCAAGAAGAAGCCUGCUGCCGCUGCUUCAAGUCUGCCAGAUGAAUCUGAAGAGGGACGUGCCAACACCACUCGUGCAGAUGAUUCUGAGCAGAAUCCUGACGCCGCGGCUGAUGGUGGCACGACUGGUUUCGAUGCUUCGCCGCCGAGCGCCAGUACUGCAAAGAGCCGGGGCCGGGGCCGGGGCAACGGGCCCAUUAAGCGUCCAGCUGGACGUUCUGUGGAACCCAAAGGCCCCUGCAGCCAGAAAGCUUACAAGUACUGCUACCACAAGGACCAGAAGUGGGGCAUCAAGUUCAAGGGCCACGAAGUGAUGACGGAAGCCUGCGGGGUGGAAAUCGAGAAGGGCAAGCCAACGCUGGAUGUGAAGCAGUUGGAUAUGAUGAUGCAACAGGCUGCAUCAGAGACUGCUGCGGCUGGCGGCGCCCCUGCGAGCGCUGCUGAUGGUGGUGCUGCUGUUGCGGCUUCUGCUGAAGUUGCAGAGGGUGUUGAAGAGGAGCAGCCGGUUGAGGAAGAUGAAGUCACUGAGGAUUAG